UUGCGUAUUCUAACACACAGGUGAGCUGUGAGCAUCGAAGCUCUGAAAGUGAAAACCCAAACUCUCUCUCUCUCUCUCUCAUCACCUAAACGCAAAAACCCCUCUCGCACUUUGCACUCAUAUGCGUCUUCGAUCUCAACUGUGAAAUUUGGUGACAAUCAUGCCGGACGUGCAGGUCCUUGUGAAUGAUUUCAUUAACAAGCUUAGAAAGCGUAAAAUUGAGGGCUCGCAGGCCACAUCAAGGCAGACGGCUGAACUGCUUCGGUCGGUAAUUUCACAGACACGAGUGCCCUACACAAACCAGGCUGGAGCUUUGAUUGAUGCUGUUAGGGCAGUUGGGGAGCAGCUGAUUGCUGCAAAUCCUGUUGAGCUUGCCGUCGGUAAUAUUGUGAGGCGCGUUUUGCACAUUAUUAGGGAGGAGGAUCUGUCUCUUGCAACGGCUGCUGUUGCUGGUUUGGGUUUAUCAAGUGUUAGUGAUGAUGAAGAUGAUGCUGAGCGGGAUAAUCAUCCAGUUCUAUCAGCUGCUGUUGUCGCUGCGGCUGCAAGAAGCACUUUGCGUCCACCUUCCUUGCAAACUCUUCUUGAGGAUGUGCCUGACUCGGGUGCUGUUCCUCACACUUCUUCAUCUGGGGGUGAUUCUGAAGGAAAAAGCAAGUCUGCUGAUAAAAGUUCCAGAAGUCGGAAGCUGAAACAUGAUGUCAUUGAAGCGUUAAAUGAACUCAUUCAAGAUAUUACCACUUGCCAUGAAUUGAUUGCCGAGCAAGCAGUAGAGCACAUUCAUCAAAAUGAGGUAAUAUUAACUUUAGGAAGUUCAAGAACAGUAUUGGAAUUUCUUUGUGCCGCAAAGGAGAAAAAGAGAUCAUUUCGGGUGUUUGUAGCAGAGGGUGCCCCAAGGUAUCAGGGACAUCUUCUUGCAAAAGAUUUGGUCACAAGAGGUUUACAAACUACACUAAUUACUGAUUCUGCAGUUUUUGCCAUGAUUUCCCGUGUGAACAUGGUUAUAGUUGGAGCACAUGCUGUCAUGGCCAAUGGUGGGGUUAUAGCACCUGUUGGGUUGAAUAUGGUUGCACUUGCAGCUCAAAGGCAUGCUGUCCCUUUUGUUGUACUUGCUGGCAGUCACAAGUUGUGCCCUCUGUAUCCACACAAUCCUGAGGUCUUACUGAAUGAGCUGAGAUCCCCAUCUGAGCUGCUGGAUUUUGGAGAAUUCUCAGAUUGCAUGGAUUUUGGAACUGGCACUGCUUCCCCUCUUCUUCAUGUGGUCAAUCCAACAUUUGAUUAUGUGCCACCAAAGCUCGUUAGUCUUUUUAUUACUGACACAGGGGGGCACAAUCCAUCAUAUGUGUAUCGGCUGAUUGCUGAUUAUUACUCUGCUGAUGAUUUGGUGGUGCAACAAAGACCUCCUACAGCAAGUUGAGUUUAGCUUUUUGGACAUUUGUUGGAUCCCAUGUUCAUCUUUCAGAUAAUUCAGAAAUAUAGUUUGAUAAGCAGUGGACAUUGAGAAAUGAAAUUUAAAUUGUACGGAAUGUAGAUCACAUUUUAGUGCUGGAAGAGACUCGGAAAAAGUUGCAGUUUGGAUGGAUAAGAGCAGAAUGAGAAAUGUGACAAAAUCAAGGGGGAAAAAAGGAAUAGUGGUUUUCCUGGUUGUCAAGAGCUGUAUUGGGGGAAACAGCUCCGCCAAAGGAAGAUGAUUUUUGUCAUUGUGAGAGGGCAAGGGGCUGAGAAUCUUGUAGCAAACUGUGGCAUAUAAAUAGACAGUCAGCAUUGUUGUAUUGCAUGUGUAGCUGAAAAUCUUGUAGCAGUUUUGAUCCUGGAACCAAUCUCCUUACUUAAGGCUGUGUUAUACUUCACAUGAAAGCUUUAGAUAUUUCUUAAGAUCAGUUUUGGUUGUUUCCAACCUAAUUUUAGGAAGGAAAGAGUUUUUGGGAGAUAUAGAUCUUAGGGAAAUAUUCAUAACUAAUAUUUUUCAUUUGUUAAAACGAGGCCUCUUCUUUUGUUCCCUUUUGUCAA